GUUUCAUUCACGCAGCUGGUGGUUUGCCUAUCGCUCUUGUGCUCAAGCACUUUCACCACUUCACGUGCUCAAUUGAGGAAGACGUUGUGAUGAGGAGAGUUUUCUAGCCAGCUCAAAUCCCGCGCUGCGUAUCUGCUUGCCUCCGUCCACCCAACACCUGGACAGCUACUUAGCAGACUGAAAGAACCGCGGAUACUGUUCUGUACUUAUACUUCAUCAUGGCCGCAUCUGAUACAGCACUUGUCGGCGCCACAACUGCCAAACUCGAGGAGUUACUGCAACGUGCGCGGACAAUCAAGCAAGCCACCUCAAUUGACCCGCCCUUGCAAGUAUCUAAACUUGCUACAAAUAACGAGAGUCUUCUAGGCCCGACUGUAGAAGCCUCAGAUUCCCAUAUGAUUGCCAUCGAGGGUGCAGCAAAACAUGUAUUCUACAGUAUCCUGGCUUCCGCUCUAAUAGACGAUCCUUCCUUUGUCUCCAUUUGGAAUCUUCUCGACAUCCUCCAAUAUUGUGGGGACAGAGACGAGUGUUCCUCAUCACUGGUUUUACUACUCAUUGAGGAGCUACUCGACGAUCGAGAUCUCGAUGGCUGUAAAAUCGUCUUCAAUUAUCUCGAGUCUCGAAGAGAAACCAUCAUUGCGCAUAACUCGAAGAACAAGGAUCUGGUUAUCCUACGUUCAUGCAAUGAGCUCCUCCGCCGACUGUCCCGAGCUGAUGACGCCGUCUUCUGCGGUCGAGUCUAUGUCUUCCUGUUCCAAAGCUUUCCCCUGGGCGACAAGAGUUCUGUCAAUCUGCGGGGAACUUUCCAUGUCGAGAACGUCACCACGUUUGAGGACUAUUUGAAGACUGAGGAUGAGGAUGAGGAUAGUAUGCAGGUGGACAGUAGUCUCUCUGUCAAAGAUGUCAAAGAUGCCAGAUCAACGCCAAAGUCUGAAGAGAGGGACAGCAAACUAACAACUGUAAAGCCUGAAGGACAAAAGUCCACUGCGAUGGACAUCAACGAACUCUACUCGUACUUCUGGUCUAUGCAAGGGUCGUUCUCGAAUCCUCCUAGGCUUUUCGAAGGGGAUAACUUUAAGCAAUUUCAAAAGAAUCUGGAGGCUACGCUCACGAAGUUCAAGGAAGUUCCCAAGGUCAUACAGACUGGAGACUCGGACAGCAAGAGAGGCACGAAGCGGAAAUUAGAUGACGACAACAACGAACUGGCAAGCACUUUCAAUCCAAAGUACCUCACUAGCCGCGAUCUAUUCAAGCUUGAGCUGAGCGACCUUGCCUUCCAACGGCACAUCCUAGUGCAGGCACUCAUUCUGAUUGACUUCCUCUUCUCAUUGACAGAGAAGGCGAAAAAGAAACCAUACUAUCUAAAUGCACAGAAAGCGAUGCAGUACAGCUACACACUUCGCGACGAGGAUGCCGAGUGGGCGUUGGGCAUCAAGAACUCCAUCGCAAAUUACCUGCAGGAUGGGCCGGAUGGCAAAUUCUACUAUCGAAUGGUGGAUACCGUCCUCUCACGCGAUAAGAACUGGGUUAGGUGGAAAAUGGAGAAUUGCCAGCCCUUUACUCGUGAUAGAGUCCCCACAAAAGAUUUCCUGGUUGCGAAAUCUGGGGCAUCGAAAGGAGUCAACAGCAGGAAAAUCUCUAAGCCCUGGAGUGAAGAUGGGACUCUGGGGUUUCUCAGCAGCACAGACGACGAAAAGGGGCUGAGGCAGCUGAGGCAGCUGAAGCUAGCUCAGAGACUAGAUGUGCCAAGUGCAGAGACAUAUGUGAGUCGCGUUCCAUUCACAGAGCCGGGCCAGGAGAUAGACCAGGAGAUGGUUACAUCGGAAGAGGAAAAGCGCCAGAAGGAGGAGCAUAAAACAAGCAACACAUGGCGAGCGCUUCGCAUAGCCUCGAGGAGCCGGCUGAGCUUAUUCGACAGGCUGGAGGAUGGUAAACCUCUGGAGAGGCUCUUUCAGCCGGUCACCUCGAUUGAGGCGGCAGGCGAAGACAAUGCGCCCACAGGUCCGGAAGGCAGGGAUUCAGUUCCGCAAGAACAACAUCAAAGCGUCGAGGAGCAGCGGGCCGACCAACGGAGUCAAGUGACAGCGGACGCGGCGGCGGAGUAGUAACAGGG